CUGAGACUGACAGCCCGUUAGCUGCUGCUGCUGCUCACCGGCAAUGAGACAGCAAACACGGACGCGAUACGACAACCUGAGAUGGACUUAACGAGUACUUUUUUACCACUACAAAGACGGAUAUUAUUUAACACCGUCGUCCAUUAACAGCAGAAGGCGUGUCUGAUUCAUGUUUCGGUCUCGGAGGUGUAAAAGGAGACUCGACGUCCGGGAGAAGGAAUGGAUGCGACGGCUGAUUUCCUGCGACACGCACCGGCCAGCUAAGAGGCUUGCAGAUUCGCGUUGAGGAGCGGUUGAGUGCAGCUGAAUUUGCUCUCGGUUUGACUUAUUUCUCCGUGCUUAAAGUGGCAGCAAUAUCCUCAAAAAUACAGUAAUAAUCGGGAGGGGGGGUGAAAGGAUACACGAAGUUCCAGAGGAGCGUAUCUAAUCGACCCAGCGCAGCUUUAGCUAGCCAGCGGCUAGCUGGAUUUCGCAUUCUGUUUAUUUAUUUUGUAAUCGAUUAUAGUGUUGUUUUGAUUAUCCUGCAGCUUAGCUCCUGCAGAGUUAGGAAGAGGAACACCGCCUGUAAGCUUGGGUUUUAGUCUGACUGCAGCUGGGAGCGGUUGGCUUGUAUGUGUGUGUGUGUGUGUGUGUGUGUGUUUGUUUUUGUUUUUUUAAGACACGUUAAUCACAUGACUUUUUCACUUAUGGCUCGUUAUUUGAGCUAGCUAGUAGGCAGCGCAGCUUUUUGGCCUCGAGAAACUCUUUCAGCAUAAAAAUGCACCACCAAGACUUCCCCGGAGACCAGUCCGGGACCGGGAGCCGGAAAACGGCUUACCACUACAGGAGAGGUAGCAGCGGGGCGCCCCCAGCCUCCUCCGCAGCCGGUGUCAGCGCAGUGGACGACAGUCCAACCCAGCUUGGAUCCUCCUCUCCUGGACUCCACCAUCAGCCUCAGUCCCAAGUGGCUGGAGCUCAGGUGAAGAAGAAAAGCGGCUUCCAGAUCACAAGUGUCACUUCCGCUCAGAUAAACGUGAGCGGCAACAACAGCUUGGCAGACGAUACUGAGAGCUACGACGACAUGGAUGAGUCCCACACUGAGGACCUGUCCUCCUCUGACAUACUGGAUGUGUCCGUGUCAAAGGCCACUGAUACGGGUGUGCCGGAGAGGAGCUCCUCUGACGAGACUUUGAACAGCCUACAUGGAGUCGACACGCCUGGACUGGUGUCACCCAAUGAGCCUCUCCAGCCUCAUUCUAUCCCACAGGGGUCUCAGCAUCACCCCUCUAUGGUAAAUGGGACUGUGCAUAAUCAGUACUACCCUCAGCAGCACAGCCAGGCCCACCAUCAUCACUCUGACAGCUUAGGAGGAGGUGAAGCAUCACUGCCAACACUUCCCAUUGCUCCUUUGGCAAGCUCCAGCCCAUCUAUAGCUUCCAAAGUUGGUCUUAACCAGCCUCAGAGGCCACCAGCAGUGUUUAAUAACACUAAAACUGCAGGGGGGGCAAGCCAGCCUGCAGCCUCUGUUGUUGGUGGGGCAGCCACUGAUCCACUUGUACAAGGCAGUGUGAACAUUUCUACUGUGUCUGCUGUUGCUGCUGCUCCAGGUUUUGAUAACACUAACAUCGGUGGGCAGGUGGCUCCUGUUGGUGGAGGAACUGGUCCAUCUGCUGCUGCUGCUCCUCCUCCUCCCAGCACUCAGGCUCACCACACCCAAACUCAGACAGCCACCGGCUCUCGCUUCAGGGUGGUCAAAUUAGACACGAACUCGGAGCCGUUCCGCAAAGGGAGAUGGACUUGCACAGAGUAUUACGAAAAGGAAGUUCCUCAUCCUUCUACGGCGGAGGCAGCAAAAGGUGCAGAGGUGGUUGCAGACCCUGAAGCAGGUAAUGCUGGCAUCAGUCCAGGUGUAGCUACCAUACAGCCGCCUCACACCGUGCAGCCCUAUCAGCCACCAAGCCAGGACUUCACUAGUCCACAAGCCAUGCAGAGUCCACUGCAGGGACUGGCACAAACCACACCUGUAACCUAUGUUUCACCUCAGGAGGUUGUUGUAGGGAAGCCAGCAGUUCCUGUCAGUAUCCCUCCAGCAUCACCACAGGUGACACCACAGGUUGGUGUAAGCCAGCCUCCACUAGUAAAACCCCAGCAGGUGCCCUAUUCUGUGGAUCCUCACCAGCCUCAGCCACAGGGAGGGUAUCCUGCACCUCAGCUCCAAACGGGGGUCAGACAGCCAGACUUUAUUCAGCCCACCGCACCUUUCCAGACACAAGUCCAACCUCCAUUGCCGCAUGCCACGACUAUAGUCUCUGUGACGCCACUGCCAGGGGUCACGGUGCAGCAGCCUGUAAGCAUUACCCAGCAGCUGCCCCAUCAUGGUCAGGUUGCCCCAUCUGCUACAGCAACCAUUGCCGCAGGACAGCCCCAGACCCUCUCAGCUCCACCUCAACCCCAGCCUCAUCCACAGCCACAAAUCCAACCCCCUUCUGCUGGCACCAUCCCCAUAGCACCCACCCAUGGGACCUCCUACAUGCCUCUGACUGCGCUGCAAGCUGAUCUUCAGCCCAUCCUCACGCCAGGCACGACCUUCACCCACGUUCCUGCUGGGGGGAGUGCCAUAACAGCGUCCCAGCUGGAGGAUGCCCAGAAGCUUCUGCUCCAGCACCAAGGUCUGCUCGGGCUGCCCAGGCUGGGGGCUGCAGCAGGUGGAGAUGGCGUCGCAGAAGCUGGCGGCGCUGCUGGAACUCUGGCCCACAUGGGGAUGUCAGCUGAGGCCAGUGCCUUCAUGGUGGCUGCAGGCCUGAGAACUCAUCAUGGUGAAGGAGAGGAGGACAGCUCCUCGGGUGCAAGUGUGGUGGCCAUCGACAACAAGAUCGAGCAAGCAAUGGAUCUGGUGAAGAGCCACCUGAUGUACGCCGUGCGCGAGGAGGUGGAGGUGUUGAAGGAGCAGAUCAAAGAGCUGAUCGAGCGCAACACUCAGCUGGAGCAGGAGAACAAUCUGCUCAAGACCCUGGCCAGCCCCGAGCAGAUGGCUCAGUUCCAGGCUCAAGUCCAGACUGGCGGCUCCCCGACCGGCACCGCCCAACCUCCGGUCCCGGCUGGCCCCUCCACGCAAAGCUCCGGCCCAUCUGCAUAACCCAGACAUUGGAGAGCCCCCUGACGAUGAGAGACCGGGGGGAUGGAAGAAAGAAGAUGAGGAGGAGGAGGAGGAGGAGAAAGGAGUCUCGUCAUACUGUGAACAGACUCUAGCAUCAAGACUCUGCCAGUGUUUGGAGGAGCACACACUUGGACUCAGCCGGAGGAUGAACCACUCUCUUUUGUUGCACAUUUUAUUUAACUGACUUUGGAGUCACACCGAUGUGUAAGUGCGCGCGCGUGUAUGUGUGUGCGUCUGUGUGCGCGUCUUUGCCUCGUUUCUGACUUUUAACCACCCGCUUAAGACAAUCCUCGUUGUCAUGCUGGUUGUCGUUGUAAUCAUCAUCAUCAUCAUCAUCAUCAUGGUGACAACAACAAUGCGGGGAAAGGGCCAGAGCUAACAGGAACCGACCAUGCCACCAUCUUCAGGGCCGCUUAAAAAAAAAAAAAAAAAAAAAAAAAAAAAAAAAGGAGGGCGGGAGGAGUUAACCAAGGGCCCGGCCAAUCAAAGAAGCAGGAUCUUGUCAGUGCCGUUGAAUACGUCGCGGUGUGACCCCCUCCCUGCUGAAAACGUGUGCCAUCGUCCCCCGCCCCGCCUUGCCUCACCCUGACUGUCCAUCAGCGCACAGUGGGGGUUUUGGGUUUUUUUUUGUUUGUUUGUUUGUUUGUUUUUUUUAAUUCAACAUCUUCCUGUUUUCCUGUCGCACUUUUUUUCCAAGCGGACUUUUAACGGAUGACAGAAGAUUCAUAUGACCCACCCUGAAUCCGGGAAAGUCCCGGGUCUCUGAGGAUCACCAGUCUUGACAUUCUUGAAGGGGAGGAUGGUCAUAAAAUCUAUGAAUUAAAUAUCAGCUGCUUCUCAUUGUUCACUUUGAGAACUGAGUUUGAGGUCCACGUUGCCCACCCUUGACACCCCCUCCCUGUUCUUUCUCAGACAGCGCAUUAAAGAUUUAUGCAGGGGAUCAAUGUUUUUUUUUUUUUGUUUUGUUUUUUUUGUUUUUUUUAAAGAGGCCUGGGAGAAGCUUGUUUUGUCUGUCCUAUUAAUUUUGUUUUGUUUUUGUUCUUGUUAAUGUAAUAAUGUCCAAGUGAUCUGUAAAAAUAAAUGGCAGGAAGGCAGUUCGAUAGGACAUGACUGUUUCUAGCUAGUGAUCUUUGUAUAGGUGAAAAUUUUCCAGUUCAACUCUGCCAAGUGCCUGGUUUCCAACCAUAGAUACAUAUAUAGAAGCCUUGUUUUUGUUGUUGUUGUUGUUGUUGUUCUACUCUUUUGUAUAUAUAUCUAUGGUAUGGCCAGGUUUUUCUCUGAUCUACCUGUGAUGUCAUUACUCAGGGUGGCAACAGAAGAGGACCUUUUACCUCCACACUAAGAUGCUGUCUCUCCUGUGGUGACACACGGCCUUGUACUGUAUCUGCCGUCGCUUCAAACUCACUCGCUCAAAUGAUCUGGACUCUUUAACCAUUUGGAGACGUGUGUAGUUUUUUGUUGUUUAUUUUUUUUCUUUUAAAUAAAUCUUAGCAUUAUUUUUUGUUUUGUUUUUUUGUACAGCCAAGUGUUUGAGUUGCUCAUAGUGCAACUGGAGCACUGAACACAAUAACGAGACAUCUGGCUUAAAAAAAAAAAAGAAAAGGAAAAUGCCCAGCAGCAGAAGUAUGUUGAUGUUUUGUGCAUGUUCCUCAGCCCAUCACAAAUGUGACGUUACAAUUGCACUAGACAGUUGCACCUCAAAUAAAAAAAGAAAAACAUGACAAAAA